AUGAAUUAUAACCAUCACUAAAUCGUGGAGAUAUGGUUGAGGAGAUUCCGGGAAUGUUUGAACUUCUGCUAUGGAAGUGAUUCAUAAAUGAUUACCAUGGAAUUACAUAAAGGAAGUGUUUAAUUAUUGAGUGUACCUUAAAACAAAAACAUUUUCAACACCAGGAAAUAUAGAGUAAUGUUCAUGAUAAUGUUAGUUAUAUAACUUUCUACCCAAAACAUUAUACACUGCAUUGGAAAGAUUCGGAAACAUCUAUCUUUUAGGGAUUUCCUUAAUAAUGUUGAUUGAUCCAACAUUGUCUCCGUUUUACAGAUGGAUCACCAUCUUCCCUGUCGGAUUGAGUGUGAUAUUUUAUGUCUUUAUGGAAUUCAUACUCGACAUACGCAGAUAGACUCAUGAUCAUAAGAUAAAUAUGCAAACAACAUCCAGAGGAGCCAAAGAUGGUUCAUUGGAAACCAUAAAAUGGAGUGAUAUUCAAAUUGGAGAUGUACUCUAUCUGAUCAAAGGAGACAUUGUCCCUGCAGAUAUCAUCCUAUUGGACACAGGAUAAGUGAGAGACAGAGAGGCAAUUUGUAUGGUUGACACACAAUAUUACGAUGGCAAAUCUUCUCUGGCCAAGAAGAAAUCUUCCUAUUUGACUCAAUUGAUAGUCUUGAGAACAAGAUUGAAGAAUCAGUUUCCAGAAUACAGAAAAAUGUUGACUGGUAAAUUAGAAUAUGAAGCACCCAAUGGAAACACCGAAAGAUUUCAUGGUAGAUUAAAAUUGAAGAAGGAUCCCAAAAAUGAGGAAUUGACUAUAGACAAUUUCAUCCCCAAAGGCACAAAGAUUAAAUAGACUUCCUGGCUAUUCGGUCUAGUUGUCUACGUUGGUGAAAACACUAAAACUAUGCAAAGCAGUCAUUACAAUGCUUAGAAACACAGUUUUGAAGAAAAACAGUGCAAUUUCUAUUCAUUCCUCAUGGCUUGCUUAUCCCUCUUCUUUACUUUGAUUUCAAUCAUUGUUCUAUUAGCAAGAUCUGAUGAAGGCUACUUCGCCUUAUUAAUUGAUCACAAUACCACCAAUGGAAUGAAGGUCUUCUAAUUAGCAAUCCUAUAUGCCUAAUUAAUUCCAUCCACUCUUUAUCUACUAUUAGAUUUCGUUAACUUCGUUUCUUUAUUUAAAUAUGAAAUCAAUUAAAUUGAAGAUAAUAUUACUAAAUAUGUUAAAAUCAACACAGCUAACAACCUGAGUGAUUUAGGUCAUGUUGAUUACAUGUUGAUUGACAAAACAGGCACUUUGACUACUUCCUAUUACAAAUUGGAUAAUCUUUUAUUUGGUUCCCUGUCAUUUACUUUGAAUUAUGAUCAAUUGCAGACAACUUUGAAUUAAAAAUCAGUCAAGCCUGAAGAAAAUGAGGAUCCUGUUAAAUUUGCUAGCAUCAAUGAUGGCAAUGAAUAUUUGAUCCCAUUUGAAUACGAAAAGAAGACCAGUCAUGCAGAUGUCUAACCAAGUGGUAAAUUAUUGUUGAAAAGCGUAAAAACAUCCAAUAACAAUCCUAUUUUCAAUUAGAUUACAGCCUAGCCAUAGAAUAAGAGAAUGACAAUGUUGGAGAACUCAGUCUAAUAACCUUUGCAAUAUUAUAUGUAGACAAGAAUAUUUUUACCACAACCUAAAACUAGAAAUAGCCCUGGAAAUAAUAAUGAUGAAUUCAUUUAGUUAGUGAAUCAAUUAAGAAGUAGUUCACCUUAAAAAGAGUACCAAUAAACUGAAGAUAUAAACACAUUGUAUUAUGAUGCAUUUCUAAAAUGCUUAAUGUUAUGCCAUGAGGCUAGACCAGUAUUUGGGGCUGACUCUAUUACUUAUGAAUCCUUCUCAAAGAGUGAAGAAAUUGCAUUGACAUUUGCUCGUUCUUGUGGUUACUCCCUUGAAAAUUUCAACAAAUUUGAUAGUCCUGAUAUGUACUUAUGUAAAGUAAGAGGAAAUCCAAUAUGGUAUCAAGUUUUGGGAUUGAAUUUGUUUACAUACACUAGAAAUCUGAAUUCUGUUGUUAUUUAGGCUCCUAUGACGAUGGAUCUAGAUUUAAAAUAAAAGUAUGAAGCAAUCAACUAACUAUGUGGGGAAGGAUCGAAAAACAAUUCAUUAUUAAUUUGUAAAGGAGAUUAUGAAGCAAUAAAAGCAAAGUUGUAAUUAAAUCAUAAGGAAAGAGAAGAACUAGACUCUUACAUUCAGCAUUACAAACAGAGAGGAAUCAGAAUGAUUAUCUAUGCUACUAGAGUGUUGAGUGAGAAGGAGACUGAAAGUUACAAAUAACAAUUUAAUCUGUUGCAUAGUUCAUUAACAAACCAAGAUAUUCUUCUUGAGCAAUUGGCAUUAGAAUAUGAGAAGGAGUUGAAUAUUUUGGGGAUGACAGGAUUCAAAGAAGAAUUGAAAAAUGAUGCUUUAGAUUUCAUUAGAACUGUUAAAGAUUGUAACAUUGAUAUAUGGUUAUUGAGUGGUGAUUAGGAAGUGCAAACAAUCAGUUGUGCACAAUCUCUAGAGAUGACGGCGACGUCUAAAUAUCUGAGGAUUGUGGCCACCGAUAAGGAAUAGAUAUGGUUACAAAUUAAUACAGCUAUAGGACAGAUCUAAAGUGAAAUAUAGAAGAUACAAGAGAAAUAAUAAGAAAAGCAUUAGAAUGAUAAUAUGAUGAGUAGAAGUAUGAUUAAAUCAAGUGUGACAUUUUUUGAAGGAGCGCAAUAUUAAUAGGUGUUACAAUUCGUUUUAGUAGUUAAUGGUCAUUCCCUAUCUCUGAUUAGUGAAUCGCCUGAUCUAAUGAGUCAUUUCAGGUUCUUAUCUUGUGUUUGUAAGAAUGUGAUUGGAUUCAAUAUGAAUCCAUAAUAAAAGGAAUUAGCAUGUACGAUAAUUCGCAAUUACUUUCCUAACAAUCCUACUGUUCUGGGAGUUGGCGAUGGAUAUAAUGAUGCAUUGAUGAUGUAAGCUGCGAAUGUCAGUAUUGAAAUAAUUAACAGCAAAAGAAAUCACAUUUAUCCUCAAGUGAAUGCAGGUGACAUCAGUGUUAAUACACUUUCUGAAAUCAAGGUGUUGCUAUUAUAGAAAUGCAAAUUGCAUAGCGAAAGAGUGUCAUCUAUGAUCAUCUAUCUAUUUUAUUGUGCUGGUUUCUUAGGUAUGACUCUCUUCUUCUUUAAUUGGUUCUGCCAAUUCACAGCCACCUCAUUGCAUGAUUCAAUGACAGUGUUUUUAUACAUUUUUAUGUACACCACUCCAAAUGCCUUGGUCAUCGGUUUGGCUGAUAAGCAGACUUAACCUUUAGUGAAUACUCGAUUUCCUGCAUUUUACAUAGAUGGGUAAAUAAGAACUCGUAGAUUCUGGCUUUAUUAUCUCCUUGAAGGAUUUUUGGAGUCCUUCAUUUGUGCAGCUUACACAUUCUAUUCUUGUAUUUACAUGGUUAAUUAUGCAUGGACGAAUGAUGGUCACUAGUCAGAUUUACAAAUGGUAGCAACAUCAAUAAUCUAUUUGCUCAUCACUGUGUCUACUCUAAAAGUACUGUUUAGAUUGAUCUGCAAUAGUGUAAGUGUUGUGGUCAUAGCCUUUCUAUUGACUUUUGGAUUAUUGGUAGGCUUUGUUUUUCUUAAUUACAGAGGAGACUUUAGUAAUUAUGAUUAUCAAGAAUUGACAUAUCAGUUGUUUACUAGAUUUAAUAGCAUCGUUGCGAUGAUAUUUAGUCUAAUUGGGUGUUAUUUUAUCAAUUACUUUUUACAUGAUGUUAUAAAAUUGAUAUACUUUCCAAGUGCAUAUUAAUAAUUUGCAUUUCAGAAUAAAAGCGGUGUAGAAUAGGAAGUGAUUACAAACAAAGAGAUUUUACAUCAAUGUCUAGAUUAGCAUGUGUAAUAUUUAAUUAUUAUUAUAUGAUAGUAAUGUUUCAUCCAUAAUUCAGAAGGUGUUCAUUGAUUGUUCAGCUACUUCACCUUACAUAUAAGAGAUGUUGAAUCCAGGUGAUACCAAAGUAACUGAAAUGAAAUUGAAACCUCUCACUCUUGAGAUGAAGGAGCUGGUUUUGGAAUAAAAGUUUUUAGCUCACAAAUUAGUUCAAUCCCUCAAGCAUUUGCGAGUAUUCUUAUGCAUUCUGUUAUUAUACUACAUUGCAUAUUGUUUAACAGACUUCUUUUUGACAGAUCAAAGAGUGUUCACAGGAGCGUAUUACUUAGUUGUAUUUGGUAUCAUCUUUAUUAUAAUCCUCUUUUCGUGUAGUCAUGCAAUGGAAUAAUCAUAUUAUACAUACUCACAUAUCAUAGUGCUGAUCAUAUUUGCAAUCAAAGUAGCAAUAGAUUGGUUAUCAGAUGAUUUGACUAUAACUCUCUCUGCUACUUUAGUGAUCUUAUUUAGUACAUUUAAUUCGAUGAAUAUGAGUGUGAUUCCAAUAAUGUUGUACAACAUCUGUUACUUGAUUCAACUAAUUGUAAGAAUCUUGAUAGUUGUGAUUUCAACAGAUCUCAGCACUUCCAAUGGAACUUAUUCUCAAAGUAGAGUAUCUGUGUAUGCAGCCAGCACUCAAAUUCUAUUGGUUGUGAGUAUCACUAUUAGAUUUUUGUUCAGUUACUACAAGUCGAUCAAACAUAGAAGAAAUGACUACUUAGCAAAAUAUUCAAUAGAACAAGAUAAUAUAGCUGCCCAAGACAUAUUGAGCAUCUUGGUGCCUAGAUUUGUGAGACAACAAAUUUCAAUAGGAUAAUUUUCAAUGCAAUAGGCUUAGGAUGAUGUUUCUAUUUUGUUUGCUUACAUUUGUGAUUUUGAUACAAUCAUGAAGGAAGAAGGCAAGAAUGUAGUGUUGAUGUUGGAUUCAUUGUUUAGAUUGUAUGAUAAUUUGUGUAUUCAACAUGGAGUGCAGAAGAUUGAAACUGUUGGAUAUACAUACAUGGCUGCCACAGGUAUUAAGGCAUGUGAAUAAAAUAUGACAGCUCAUGUGACAAGGAUAGAGAAGACUAUGAGAUUAGUUAAUAUGGCAUUUGAUAUGAUGUAGUAAGUGCAAGGGAGAAAGUAUGGAAAGGGUAAUCAAAUUGAGAUGAAGAUUGGAAUACAUGUGGGUCGAGUCAUUGCUGGAGUGAUAGGUCAUCAUAAACCUCAAUUUUCUUUGAUAGGGGAUCCUGUCAAUUAGACAAGUAGAGUAGGGUCAACUGGAGAUACAGGAGCCAUAACAUUGAGUGAACAGGCUUUUAAAUAGGCAAGACAUGGAAUCAAGUACUAUUAGAAGAAAUAGAAGGAAGCUAAAGGUUUAGGAAUCAUUGAUACUUAUUAAGUGUUCAAGACUAAACCAAUAGGUUAUUAAAUACCAAAGGCAUUUCAAUUAUGGUAGAACUGCACUAAGCUUGUUGUAAAGGAGUUAAGAUAGCAGGGAAGUUCAAAAACCAAAAAGUAAAGGUAAUUCCUAUCAUAAUUACACAACUCAAUAUACCAGGAUAAUUUGAAAUAGUAGAGCAAACUUGAUAUAUCUCCUAAAGGACCAUAGCCAGUUCAAGCACAACAAGGGUCAGUUCAUGAAGACAAUAGAUCAAGAUUAACAAUACCAGCAUAACCUCCUGAAUAAGUGCCAACUGAAGAUUCAGUAUUGAUGACAAAUGAAUAAGACGAGAGAGUAUUGGAGUUGGAAUUGAUUAAACCAAAUAUAAUUCUGGACAUACCAGAAAAUGAAAUAAAAUCCAAUUUCAAUCAAAUUCUUAAGGAACAAAAUGUAGAUGAAUCAAGAGUGGGUAUGAUAUUUUUGUGGAUCACUUAUUUCGUUAUUACUCUGUUAUCAAUAAUAGUUCGUAAAUUGUUUAAUCAUGAUUUGUUGAUCUUCGUAUUGAGAGUAUUAGAUUCAAUAUUUAUAAAUAGGCUAUUUUCCUGAUUGUAUCAUUAGUACUAUUUCCAAUCCUAUCCAAGGCUUAUAGAAAUAGAGUAGUUAACACUAUGUAUUACAUCUUGCUUAUUUACGCUGUCUUCACUGUCCUAUUCUAGGCUUAUUUAACUGACAAUAGAGAAGUAGCAAUUAUUUGUUUACUUGAAAUACUGUACAUUAUGAUAGUGUCUUGUUAGAUGAAAAUGUUUUCAUUUCUGUAAGUAAUACUCUAUAUGAUGAUCAUGUUUGGAUUGUUCUUAGGAUUCUACAUUUCUACAGACUUAAUCACUCAUUAUGCAAUCUUCUAUAUUUGUUGUUGCAUGCUCAUCCUAUUGUUAGGAUAUUACCUAGCAAUGAGUGAACAAAUACAAAUGUUCAACAACUUAUAGAUCAACGAAGAAAAGAAAGUCAAACAAAUUAAUCUUGUUAGUUAACUGUUACCUAUGCAUUCCUAUCUUAAAAUGAAGAAUAGUUCCAUCUACGACAAAAGUGACUUUAUAGAUGAGUUUGAUGAUGUGACUCUUCUCUUUGCUGACAUUAAAGGAUUCACUGAGUACUCCCACACUCAGAGUCCAGAAGGUGUCGUACUCAUGUUGAGAAAUCUCUUCACUGAAUUCGAUAAACUAUGUUAAAGAUACAAUGUCUACAAAAUGUACACUAUUGGGGAUUGUUAUGUUGUUAUGGGAUUCACUAAUAGUGCCAAACGAAAUGUAUUUAGUCAUAUUCAUUAUUUAGCCUAUUCAAGAAGCCAUUAACACUGUCAAAAUGGGAUUUCAGAUGGUCGAUAUCAUUAUGUCUGUUAGAUAGAAAAUCAAAUUUGAUAAAUUGAACAUGAGAAUCGGUAUCCACACUGGAUAGGUAACUGGCGGUAUCAUUGGAACUGACAUUGUCCGAUAUGAUAUCUAUGGAAAAGAUGUCUCCGUUGCCAAUAAAAUGGAAAGCAGUGGAGUUGAGGGAAGAGUUCAAGUCUCUGAGACCACAAAGUUGAUGAUAGAAAGAGCUGGAAAACAUGCUUUCAACUUUAAAUUCCAUCAUGUAAAUUAGAUUUUCUAAUGUAGGACGUUGAGUUGAACAAAUUCAAUAUGAAUAUCAAGGGAUUCCUUGUAGAUUGGGACAAAACAAGAGAAGAGGCUAGUCUAGAUCCAUACAGAUCACCAAGUCGCCAUUGAUGAU